AUAGAUCCUCUGUAAAUUUCAUCACCAUUUUAGCACAUAUACAUAGAAAGAAACAGAGAAAAUAACGAGCAAUAUGGCAUUAGAAUGGGUAGUUCUAGGCUACGCCGCUGCAGCAGAAGCGGUGAUGGUAAUCCUUUUAACACUUCCAGGUACAUACCCUGUACGUAAAGGUCUCAUAUCAGUUACACGAAACCUUCUCAAGCCUUUUCUUUCAGUGGUUCCGUUCUGUGUCUUCUUGUUAUUGGACAUUUACUGGAAAUACGAGAAUCGCCCGAGGUGUAAAUCGGCCGAGUCUUGUACCCCGACGGAGCUGAUGCGACACCAGAAAUCUGUAAUGAAAAGUCAGCGUAAUGCGCUGUUGAUUGCUGCUGCGUUGAUGUUUUACUGGCUGCUGUAUUCGGUGACUCGGUUGGUUACCCGAGUUGAAAUGUUGAAUCAGCGAGUUGAGAAGUUGCAGAACCAGGAAUAACCAAUGAUAAAAAUGGUUAAAUGGAAGUAGCUUUAUUACUUAAUAUUUUGUUUUGAGUUCUCGUUUGGUUCCUUUGUAAUGGAUUGGAAACUUUUCAGUAUGGAGUUUCUUUCUAUAUC